AUGACUCUGGCAGGUGUCAACUGCUUGCAUUGCGUUGGAAGGCAUCAACCACCUCAACAAGGGCAAGCGAAACGUAAGGGCCGACCCAUCAUAGGUCGACUCUUCAGCUACCAGACCAGGAAGAUGAUCUUUGACGCUAAGAGGAAGCUGAAGGUUUCCGGCAUCACCAUUCGCGAGGAUCUGACUGAGAAGAGUCACAAGAUCCUCAACACUGCAGCCAACCGGCCGCUGCGUGCUGAAUCGGACGGAGCCUACACGGGGACCAGGACGACGCUGCAAGACUGGACCAACACCGCCACUGAGGGCAUCACCGACAACCACGGCCAAAAGACGAACUCUGUGCUGAACCCGACCACUCAAGCAAAUCAGAUAAUAACACAGAAAUUCCCUUACAGCGUUCAGCUAGCACUCUCUUGUCCUCAAAUCAAUAAUCUGCGUGACUUGGAAAACUGUCUGAAUAGAAUUCAGACAAUAAACGACAACAACCCACCAGUCAAUCACAAAAGACUCGACGCUACCAACAACGAUGAGCGGCUAUCAGCAGGCAUCAGAGAAGCAGACAGCAUGUAUCCUGAGAGUCGCAGAUGGGAGCCUCGUAGGUGGGAGCCUAGUGGAUGGGAGCCUUGUAGAUUGGAGCCUAGCAGGCAGGAAGCAGGCCGAAGGACGUAUGAGGGAGGAGAUGGACCGCGACAGCAGCAGCAGCAGCAGCAACAGCCGCGACAGCAGGACCAGCGCCAGCAGCAGCAGCAGCAUCAGAGACCGCAGGAACAACGCCAACAACACCGCGACAAUCAACGCAGAUUUCACGAGAGUCAGCAUGUGAGAGAUGGAGGUUCCCACGCCAUCAAGCAGACACACUCGCCAAACCCGCCACAGAGCCCAAAGCCGAGUGAUGCGCGACCGAGCCACUCUCACAGCAGCAACCCCAGCAACAACAAUCCAUGUAGCAAGAAUUCAAAUUCAGGGACACCAAUGAAAAAUAUCUGA